CGCUGGAAGAGAGCGAUGGCGGGUUUGACUGUAAGAGACCCUGCGGUGGAUCGUUCUCUACGUUCGGUGUUCGUGGGGAACAUUCCAUAUGAGGCUACUGAAGAGCAAUUAAAGGACAUCUUUUCUGAGGUUGGACCUGUUGUUAGUUUCAGGUUGGUAUAUGAUAGGGAGACAGGAAAGCCAAAAGGUUAUGGCUUCUGUGAAUACCAAGACCAGGAGACAGCACUUAGUGCCAUGCGAAACCUAAAUGGGCGUGAAUUCAGUGGGAGAGCACUUCGAGUGGACAAUGCUGCCAGCGAAAAGAACAAAGAAGAGCUGAAGAGCCUUGGCACUGGUGCCCCUGUCAUUGAGUCACCUUAUGGAGAGACCAUCAGUCCUGAGGAUGCCCCUGAGUCCAUUAGCAAAGCAGUUGCCAGUCUUCCACCAGAGCAGAUGUUUGAGCUGAUGAAACAAAUGAAGCUCUGUGUCCAGAAUAGUCCUCAGGAAGCACGAAACAUGUUGCUUCAGAACCCUCAACUGGCUUAUGCUUUGCUACAAGCCCAGGUAGUGAUGAGAAUUGUGGAUCCAGAAAUUGCCUUGAAAAUUCUGCAUCGCCAGACAAAUAUCCCAACACUGAUUGCAGGCAACCCUCAGACAGUCCACAACGCCGGACCUGGCUCAGGAUCCAAUGUGUCGAUGAACCAGCAGAAUCCUCAGGCCCCUCAGGCCCAGUCUUUGAGUGGAAUGCAUGUCAAUGGCGCACCUCCUCUGAUGCAAGCUUCUCUGCAGGCUGGAGUUGCAGCACCAGGGCAGAUACCAGCCACUGUAACAGGACCUGGGCCUGGUUCCUUAGCUCCUGGAGGAGGAAUGCAGGCCCAGGUUGGAAUGCCAGGAAGUGGACCAGUGUCCAUGGAGCGGGGACAAGUGCCGAUGCAAGACCCCAGAGCAGCUAUGCAGCGUGGGCCCUUGCCUGCCAACGUCCCAACUCCUCGAGGUCUGUUGGGAGACGCUCCAAAUGACCCACGCGGAGGCACUUUACUUUCUGUAACUGGAGAGGUAGAGCCUAGAGGUUACCUGGGACCACCUCAUCAGGGUCCGCCCAUGCACCAUGUCCCUGGCCAUGACAGCCGUGGCCCACCCCCACAUGAGAUGCGGGGAGGGCCAUUAGCUGAGCCCAGACCUCUAAUGGCAGAGCCAAGAGGACCCAUGCUAGAUCAGAGGGGUCCACCAUUGGAUGGCAGAGGUGGAAGAGAUCCCCGAGGCAUAGAUGCACGAGGGAUGGAGGCAAGAGGAUUAGAUGCUAGAGGAUUGGAAGCCCGUGCGAUGGAGGCCCGUGCAAUGGAGGCUCGUGCGAUGGAGGCCCGUGCAAUGGAGGCCCGUGCAAUGGAAGUCAGAGGGAUGGAGGCCAGAAACAUGGAUACAAGGGGCCCAGUCCCAGGCCCUAGAGGCCCUAUACCUAGUGGAAUCCAGGGUCCCAGUCCAAUUAACAUGGGGACAGUUGGCCCCCAGGGAUCCAGACAGGUCCCAGUCAUGCAGGGAGCGGGCAUGCAAGGAGCGAGCAUUCAGGGUGGAGGCCAGCCUGGUGGCUUUAGUCCUGGCCAGAACCAAGUCACUCCGCAGGACCAUGAGAAGGCUGCUUUGAUCAUGCAGGUUCUUCAAUUAACUGCAGACCAGAUCGCCAUGCUGCCUCCUGAGCAGAGGCAGAGUAUCCUGAUCUUAAAGGAACAAAUACAGAAAUCUACUGGAGCACCUUAAAAGGUUUUCAAAACUACCUGGCGACAAAUCUGGAAAUUAAUUCCAUAACUUUGUUGAAAUGUUGCAAAAAGAUGGAUACUUCAUCCUAACCCUUGAAUGACUCAAAUUGGUGCCAGGUGGAGGACUCCCAUCACCUUCUCUCAGAACAAAAUCAGUUCAUUCUGUUGUCUUAGUUUGUAUGUUUUCUGUGACUUGAAAUAAACUUUGAACACAAUUUUAGUAUACUGCAAAUUGAUAUACAUGACCUUUUUGCUUUUAAAAGGGUGAAACCUUACAUGUGUUUUCUACCCUUACUGCAGUAUUGUACUUUAAUAUUAUGUUGCCAUAGCUCUGUUUUUCUUUUUAAGUUAACCAUUUAUUCUUCUUGAUGAUAUUUGAGAAUUUCUCAGAAACAGUGUUUUCUGGAACUUAGUUUUUGCUUAGUUUGCUUCCAACAGGAAUAAUAUUUGCCCUUUGAGAGCUUGCUAGAACUUCUGAGUCUACUGGGAGACAAUAGCAUGUGCUUAGAGCUGUAAAAUGGUCAGAAGGCCAACAAUGCAAAGAGCCUACCUAGGAGAGCAGUGUAUUUAGUUUAGAAAAAUCCAAAUAUCAAAAUGUAUUUUUUGGUCAGUACCAAGUCUAUUCACACGCAUAGUUCAGAGUUAAGACAAAGAUGAUGUAUGAUCACUGGUUUGAGUGUGUCAACAACACAAGAGACUGUUGACAUUUUCUUGUCUGUUUUAAAACUCUUCAGUCUGGGUAGUCAACCUUAAAAGUUAAGAAAGCCACUAAUUUUUCACAUGUUCAAGGUGAAAUAAACACUGAACAGAAAUCAAACAAACAAAAUACAUUUCAUCCUGCCUUCUAAAUAAUUACUAACCUACAGCCCUACCCAGUAACCAAAUUUAUUCUAGGAAACUAAAACAUAGACACUCUAAAACUUUUACAUUUUUCUCAUUUAUUUUAAGGGGACCAAAUGUAGAGCAUAAGCUGUCAGAUUGCCCAUUAGGCCUGCCCCUGCCUGCUUCCUUUCAAAUAGGUGUGAACAUAAUCAGUGCCACUGGCUCUAACCUAUUGCUCUUCCAGCCUAGUAUUCUCUCUCUCAUAGUGGCAUUAAGGAGAAACAUGAUUUCUCUCCAUCAGGCCAACCUCAAGAGGUUAAGAGGUGCCUUAAUAAUUAGUAAAGUUCUACUGGAACUACUCCUGAGCCUAUUUAUGUUCUCAGAGUCCUAGCCUCUGGGUUAGGAUUAUGGUCAAGUGAAUUAAAAGCCUGCCAUAGGCUUAGAGAAUGUAAUAGCAUAUUGCUUACCUGUGAAGCAAAAGAAUGCAAAGAUAAUCAACUUUAUGAGAGACAUUAAAAUUGAGGGAUUUUCUACUCUGAUAUAUAAACAUUUACUGCAACAAAAAUUUGCUGAAUAAGAUACUUGAUAUUACAACCUAGGAAGAAAAACUUGCUCAAAACAACUGAGGAGCUUUCUGGGUAUCUUGCUCAUCCCCAGUUCAGGCUUAGAUGUUGAUUAUGUGUAGGAUUUAUUAUCAUUACCUUUUCUGCCUACUUCCAUGAACAUUCUAGGCCUUGAUAUGUUGUUGAUUUUAGCAGCAGUCAUAUCUUGAAGUGUCAAUAUAUUUAGACAU